UGUGUUGAACAGGGGGAGGAGAACUGGGGCAGGCGCAGCCGAGAGGGGCCAGCGUGUGUCUGCCUGGGCCCUGCCCCUUCCGCAGCCAGGAGCUUUUCCCUGGCCCGUUCAGCCCCUCUGUGAGCACGUGGGGCUGGCUGGGCUCCAGGCUCUGCCCCCGUCCCGCCCCUGCUCUGGGGCCUUCCCCCCCCCUCCCCCCGCCCCCGGAAAGUGCUGACUUAGCAGCGAAGGCCAGGCCUGGCCUGGCAGCAGCCAGUGCCCAGCACAGCCAUGGCAGCCAGACGCGGGCUGGGCAGCUGCAGCCUGCAGGGCCGGAGGCUGGCUGACGCCGGGGCCAGGGGCCGGCUGCAGCGGGAGUACGACGCCGUGGUGAUAGGGGGAGGGCACAAUGGGCUGGUUGCAGCUGCCUACCUGCAGAAGUCGGGCGUGCGGACAGCCGUGCUGGAGAGGCGUCACCUGCUGGGAGGUUCCGCGGUCACAGAGGAGAUUGUCCCAGGCUUUAAGUUCUCCAGAGCGUCCUACCUGCUCAGCCUGCUGCGGCCGCAGAUCUCCACAGAGCUGGAGCUGCAGAGGCACGGUCUGAGGGUGUACGCCCGCGACCCCUACUCCUUCACCCCCAUGCUGGAGGCUGGACAAGCCCAGCGCUCGCUCCUGCUGGGCCACGACAUGGCGGAGACCCAGCGGCAGAUCGCUCAGUUCUCCUCCAAGGAUGCACAGGCCUAUCCAAAGUACGAGGCGUUCCUGAGCCGCUUGGUGUCGGCCCUUGACCCACUGCUGGACGCCGCACCGCUGGACGCUGCUGCCUGGAGCCAGGGCCCCCUGCUCCAGCGGCUCCGCGCCCUGCGAGGCCUGCAGCCCCUGCUGCGGGCGGGCCUGGUGCUGGGGAAGCAGCUGCCCCAGUCUUACCAAGUGCUCACAGCCCCCGUCACCAGGAUCUUGGAUCUCUGGUUCGAGUCGGAGCCCUUGAAAGCGACCCUGGCUACGGAUGCAGUGAUCGGCGCCAUGGCCAGUCCCCACACGCCCGGCAGCGGGUAUGUGCUGCUGCACCAUGUGAUGGGCGAGCUGGAGGGGCGGAAGGGGGCCUGGGGCUACGUGGCAGGCGGCAUGGGAGGGGUGUCCCAGGCCAUCGCCAGCGCAGCCGCUGCCCACGGGGCCGACCUCUUCACCGAGAAGCCGGUCGCCCGCGUGCUGCUGGGCCCCCGCGGGGACGCGCAGGGUGUCGUCCUGCAGGACGGGACCGAGGUGAAGAGCAAACUGGUUCUGUCCAACGCGUCUGCUCAGCUCACAUUCCUGCAGCUCGUUCCCCCGGAGCAGCUGCCGGAGGAGUUCCUCCAGCACGUGGCCCAGCUCGACACGCGCUCCCCCGUCACCAAGAUCAACGUGGCUGUGGAUCGGCUGCCCAGCUUCCUGGCUGCACCCAAUGCCGGUGAUGGCCGCCCGCUGCCCCAUCACCAGUGCUCCAUCCACCUGAACUGCGAGAACACGUGCAUCCUCCACCGCGCCUUCCAGGAGGCCAGCAGUGGGGAGCCUUCCUCCAGGCCCAUGAUUGAGCUGUGCAUCCCCUCGGCUCUGGACCCCACGCUGGCUCCCCUGGGCUGCCACGUGGUCUCUCUCUUCACGCAGUACACCCCCUACGCGCUGGCUGGCGGGCGGCCGUGGGACGAGCAGGAGCAGAAUGCUUACGCCGACCGGGUGUUCGACUGGGUCGAGGCCUACGCGCCAGGCUUCAAGGCGUCCGUCGUCGGCAGAGACAUCCUGACGCCACCAGCUUUGCAGAAGAUCUUUGGGCUGCCCGGAGGGAAUAUAUUCCAUGGCGCCAUGUCUCUGGACCAGCUGUAUUUUGCCCGCCCAGUGCCCUCGUACUCUGGCUACAGGUCCCCGGUCCCAGGCCUCUACCUCUGCGGCAGUGGCGCCCACCCCGGUGGGGGAGUGAUGGGCGCUGCGGGACGCAAUGCAGCCAGCGUGGCCCUGGAGGACUUCAAGCGAGGCACCCGCCUAGCCCAGGGAAAGGGAUGGUGGCUGUCGUGACCUGGCCACGCGUGUGCCUCUCACCGUCCCCCCCACCGCUCACUUCCCAAACACCCCACAGCAUGGUGCUGUGAGAGCACGCCCUCCCCCCCCGCACUCUGAGUGGUUACCCCGUCCCUCUUACCCGGCUUAGGCAUAGUAACGGGGGUGUGGGGGGCUGGCAGAGCCCUGUCUGAUCCUGUCCCGUCCUCCCCACCCCGCUACCUGCCCCAAGCAUGGCCACUCCCCGUCCCUGGAGCCCCGAGGACCAAGCCCCGUCCCAGAGCUGCCCGCAGAGGCAGGUCUAGCUCUGCCUGGAGAGGGACACUGGCCAACCCGUUCUAGUGUAGACAAGGCCCAGGGCAGACUCAGCCCUCGCCUGCUCUCCUAGAACCCCAGGCACAGGCCGGCCAGGGUCACGCAGCCUUGCCCUGAGCUAAGCUGAAGACUGGACCAUGUUCCACAACCCCUCAGUCAGCGGCAGAAUAAAAAUCUC